UAUGUGAUACAAAAAAAAGACCUCGAGCUAUUUUGUAUUCAAGUCGCGUGACAAUCAGGUGACGAACAGCGAAAAUACCAGCGAAGCAUUUUCGUUUUAGUAAAGGAAUUGAAGGAAUUAACCGUUUUGAAGAAAGAGAGCCAAAAUGGUGGAUAACGGAGAUUCUGUAAAGGGGUCCGUUCAAGAUUCGCUUGAUGAUAAAAAGACGUUACCAACCCCUUUUCAAGAGACUGGUAAUCGACAAGUUUCAGAGCUAGCCCCUCAUCGUCAACCACGGGGAAUUGAAGCUGAAAAUCCAUCAGCAACAAAAAAGCUGGCCGAAGUAAUAGCAGCCCUGCUUGUACUUAUGUUUAACUUGCCGGGGGGAUCCUUCGCCAUUGUUCUGAGUACAGCGCGUACAGUGGUUCAAUAUAUGCAAAUACCACCCGUAGACAUUGAACGACGGGACAAAAUGAAACGUGACGUAGAAGAAAUUCAACUUAAUAUGAAGCAAAUAUGCAAUGACGAGAGCAAAUUGGAGGACAAGUUUGGCAACUUCCCUUACCAUUCAACCGUCGACUUGAUAAAGUGGGAAUGGGAUUUGAGAAUCCUAAGGGGUCGUUUAGCCAGAUGUGGAGUCGACAUACACAUUUUACAAGGAUUGGUGACUAAACUGGUAUCAGAAGCGCACACUGCAGUCAAGUGGACGUUUCCACAAGUAAUCACAGGGCUUCUCCUCGCAAGUGCAGUAUUUGGACAUCGCUAUUACUGGGCUUCCAUGCCAGGCGUUUGGGAAGGUGGUUCUUUGAUCCUGGUGCUGAUUUUGCUCGUGCGCAAGGCUCACGAGUACUACAUCAUUGAUCAGAUGGUCCGUGAGGGCAACAGAGUCAAACGGGAAUUAGAAGAGUCCCGGCGCUGUUAUAUGAAGUGCAAAGUAACCUUAGAGGAGACCUUGCCUUCUUUGAAAGAGAUGGUUGAUAAAUUUGAUGGUGGGUCUUCCUCACCAAAGAUUAAGAGUGAAUGAUUUGAUUUGCAAAAGGCUCCAAGAGGCUUAUUUCUGAACUAAUUACUGGCAGUAAUAGCUUAAAAAGCAAAGGAAAAAACUCAAAAGCUAGAAGCAAAAGUGGAAGAGGUGAAAACUGAUUUGAUGUCAUUUUGUUGAGUUAUUAAGUAAGUUCUUACCGAAUUUUUCCAAACGAUGACUUACUGCUACUUUUUCUCGAAGAAGAUAAUUUGAAAUCUUCCUCGUGUUAUGAAAGGAUUGUUUUGCUAGCACUCAGGUUUUUGUUCUUCCAGUUUAAAUUUGGAGUUCACAAUGAAUGAAAACAGGUAGGAUUCUACAAAGUACCUCGAAAAGGCCUCUUGAAGCUAAAUGAAGGACUCGAAUCAUCACACUUAAUCAAGUAAACCUAGAACCUAACUCAUAAAGUUAACUUUUAUCUUAUAGAGCUUGAGAUAACUCUCAUUUGGGGAUGGCGAGUAGAAGCACAUGGUUAUAGCUAAAUAGCUAAUCCACAGACUUUGAAAUUAAUAAGGAGUUAAGUUGGAUAGCCUUAUGAACCAUGACAUAGCUUGAUGAAAGAACAAAAAAUUUAUGAAAGAGCCACAAAAUGUUAGUUGCCUUCUCUCACCUUUGUUCGCGCAACAAAGUGGAAAUACGAAGUGACCAUUACGAGUAUCAAACAACUGAAGUCAGACUCAAAAAAAGUAUUUUGAUCUUCAAUGGUGUAGCUUAUUUUGUUAUGAUGAGCUGUUUCCACAUGACUCGAUUAAUAUUAAUAUUUAUGGGUAGACACGAGGCACA